AUACAAUAUGGUGUUUGCACCUUUUACCGGCAUAGACAACCACGGGAAGUGUGUAACGUUUGCAGCCGCCUUGAUAGCAAAAGAAGACGUCGAUUCUUACGUAUGGGUGUUAGAAAACUUCAAGAGUGCAAUGGUUGAUGAGCCGAACUACAUAAUCACAGACCAAGACCCCUCGAUUGGGAUUGCUUUCCCCAAGGUAUUCGCUGUUAGCAAGCACCGCUUCCUCAUGUGUCACAUCAUGAAUAAACUAGGUGAGAAAGUCGGUUAUGCUCUGAAUAGUGACCCGAAUUUCAAAAAGAGACUUAAUGAAAUUGUCUGGAAUAGGAACAUUGAUCCAGUUGA